UUGAACCCAAAACCAAAACUGGUUGUAAAUUUUGGACUUCCUCAAAAUUUUGUUUAUGGAGUUUUUAAUGUUUUUAUGUAAAAAAUGAGUGCUUAAACCUCGUUGCUUAUAUGUGCAUUCUUAAUGGAGAAGUCAUGAGGCUUAUUCAAUUAUUGAAGGGGAAAUUAUAAUUUAGUUGUGGUUUAAGGUUGGUGCAGAGAGGAAGACUCGAGAUUUUAAAAUAUGCAUAUAAUAUACUUAUGAUUUAAGAUGGGUGCAUAUAAAAACCUGAGAUUUCAAGAUUUACAAAUAAGGAUUUAAGGUAUGUAUUCGGUGUACAUAACCACUUAAAGUUACAUGAAAUUGGCUUAAAUACACUUAUCUUUCUUUUCUUUUCAUUCUUGUAAGUUAGGGGUUUUAAAGAAAUUUCAAGUGAUUAUUUGCACCAAGUGCAGACCUUACGUGUUUAUGUGCACAUUUUGAUAUCUUGGGUUUUUAUUUGCGCAUGCAUAGAAUCACAAGUAUGUUAUAUACACAUUUUAAAACCCCAAGUUUUUAUGUGCACUUAUCUCAAACUACAAUUUCCCCAUUAUUGAAUUAAGCCCAUGAAAACUGUAAACUCUCAAGUUUUGCAGCUAAAGGCGAAGAGCAACUACCUAUUCAUUGGCUUCAAGAUUCAAGACCAACAGGGGCUGUUAGACAAGCUGGGACAACCUUAGGAAUCCUGUACGAAGAUUUCACUUCUCUCCCUGAGAAGGAAUGUCUUUAUUUAUGCAGCCUAUGAUUUUGAUUUUUUAAAAAUUAACACGUAGGUUUCAAUGCAAAACUUGCAUAUAAUUUAAAAUCAAUUAAAAAAAAGUGA